GGAAAGCUGCGCGUACGCCGAGCAAGUAAGCAGUGAUCAAGAAGGCGCCGCGCCGAGCGGCUGGCGGACAAUGGACGCGCGAACGCAACGAUUGAGGUUACAAGCGAUAUCGUUAGCAAUCCUGCUAGCGAUCAUCGACCAGACACAGGCCUUCACACUCCGCUACGACUAUGUGAGGCCCCACGACCUGACUGCAGAGGAAAGCAGAGUUUCACCAGUCGUACACGAGCUGAAACGAGACCACAUGGAAAAUGUAGAGUUCCAGGUUGCUCCCAUAGGCGUCGCGUUGUCACUGACUAUGACCACAGAAAGCGAAGCGGAGACCACAUUCCAAAACGAAAUAGUGACAAGCAAUAACUUGAAAGAGGCAAACCAGAUAGAACCCACUAUAAAUACACAUGAACAAGUUGAAAGUGAAGUUAAAGUUGAAGACAGUACAAGUGCAGCAGCUGAUGACGAAGUAAAAAGUGCACAGAACCUCAUCUGGAUGGACUCGGAGCUUGAGAGUAAAAAUAUUACUCCUUUAACCCAAGUAGAGACAACUACGGUUACAACUGAAAGUAUUACUACUGAAGCCUCAACUAACAAAGAAAGUAUCGAAACUAAAACCACUGACGUCAUGAUUUCGAUAGUUAAUACUACUACGCCCGUUGUCAUUGUAUCAGAAACACCGAAUACAGCGGCUACUACAACUGAAUCAAAUAUUAUUGAAACUACACCUACAUGGAAAAAGUAUACUACAAUUGAAAGAAAACCAGUGACUACUAGCGAAUACGUCGUACCAUUACGAACAGAGCGCAUAGGUGACUCGAUUAACGCACAUACGACUGAAACUAGAGUUAGUCUCGAGAAGGUAUUUGAUUUAGCACCAGAUAUACUAUCCCUACAAGAGCUAAAAACUCAUCUUUUGGAUUCAACAAAUUCCGUACCAACAGAAACUGAAGUUAAUUCUACGGAGAUAGUAUCAAAACGAGCAGGAUAUUUAAAUCACACAACGCCAGAAUUAGACGCUGUAAUUUCAACUAAUGUCAAUGCACUGAAAGCAACUUAUGAAGUCGAAACGGGCGGAGUCGCGUACGAUAUGGACACGCAUGAAGAAAGCGAUUACACACUAAAUAAGACGUCUCACAGUCAAAUGGCAGAAGACGCACUGAAAGAAGAGCUUUUAGUAGAAGCCAAUUUAGGAGACAAGAAUCUUUUCGCCACUAUUCCGAAAAGCGACGGGUCUUAUGAUGAACAAAACGAAAUCACUACACGCAUCGACCAACAAACUGAUAAUUACCUGACAGUUCGACCUAUAAAUAGUGAUAAAAAGAAUACUUUAUACACAGUUAGCCCCAACUAUAAGCCUCUUAAGAAGAUAGAAGUCCAGCCUUCGAAACCUUUUGUGCGUGACCCUGAUGACAAUAGCUGGAGAAACGAAAGCCUCAGUUCACUAGGAAUAGUUUUCAAAGGAAAGAACUCGACCAAAGCCUUUACAGAAGUUAUAAAGAAUAAAACUGAAAUAGUGAUGAAUAACACCACGGAACCAGAGAAAGUAUUAAUGAAGGUCGACUUGAGGGACAGGCUUGAGAAAAUUGCAGAGAAAAGGAAGAGAAAGAAGAAGAUCGAUAAUAACGGGAGUACAGAGUACGGUGAUUAUGAGGAAAAUAGCUCUGGUGAUACGUAUACGUCGAAAGAAAAACCUGAAAUUAAAUUGGCAACUUUACCGACGCCUCCGGAGUUAGUUAAUCCAGGUAUCACAUUUGGAACCAAAUUAGAAGAAUCGUCCAACAAAUACCCUUCUAAAACGCCCAAGCUUACAUUUGAUUAUUACGAUGGAAAAGAUGAGGACGCAGACUACGCAACGUACCCUAACAUCGAUAUCUUAAAGUCUACACCGCGACCUAGAGUCCAAUGGCCGGUGACACAAAGGAUCUUAGACAAUACUCAUCAUGUCAGAACGUACUUGCCUGAUAGGCAGCCUACUGUACAAUACUUCCCUCCGAGACCUAAAACGCAGAAUGACUAUAAAGUUGCACCUUUUGGGCACACCGCACAACCACAAACUAAGCCAUUUGAAACAUACACUAAAAAUACGGAAAAUACCCCUUCGACAUACAUCACAACUGAUAAAAUACAACACGUUGAAUACAGACAAGUGGGUGCUGGUGCUGGUCCAGUGGAUGGUGGGGGUGAUGAUGCCUUCAUGAUUCGACAUUACAAGGACUUUCUAGAAUCCGUAGCCAAGGAUAUGGAUUACGAUAAAAACGGCCCGUAUCAGAGACCGAUUAGCGAAGAAGGCCCAUCAGUGAAAUCGGAAGACUACUUCGGUCAACGGAAGGAAGGAAUCAAUAAAUACGUGGAUUACCUCAAUCAGAAUCACGAACGAUUCAAGGCCGACUUUCCGGUGGUAUUUAACACUAGCAUAGUACAUGGCGCGGAAAGAGGAAAGGUGCUUGCUUCUUCCAGUGCUAUGUUUAAACGAUUAUAUAAUGGAGCUCAAACAAAGGAAGUGUUCGACUUUAGUAACAGGCCUUUUGAUCCGAACUGCGAUAAUGUUACCGUAGAAUUGUCUCCUGCGUAUGAGUUGCAUUACUAUGUUCCAGAUCAGGAAGAAACGGCGGGCCGCAGCACUAUGCCAUUCGGCUAUAGACAUUAAUUGCUUAUAAAUUUUAAUUUAGUCUGGUUUGGUUACUCUGGAACCUGAAUAUUUUAAAAUGUCUGACGUAUUGGUCGCAUACAGAAAUUAAAAGGUAAAUUAUAUAUUAUUAAUAAUAAUUGCUGAGAUGCUUUAACUACGCAGUAUACAUAAGGGCCGAUUUGUAUCUAUAGACGUUGAGGGUGCCAGGGCUAUAACCGCGAAAAUGGAAGUUCGCAAAUUGCGGACAUCUUUCUCUGUCACCCUAAUUACGCCUUCAUUGGAGUAAAAGAGAAAGAUCCCUGCAAUUUGCGAAUUUCGGUUUUCGCGGUAGCCCUCAAAUCAGACACGUGCCGUGGCAGACAAAAUAAUUUUCAUCGGCGCGCUCAAUAUAGGUAUGUAGAUAUAAAUCGACCUUAAAGGGUACCUAAAACUGUUUAUUCUUAUUUAUUUAAAUUCCUGGCAAUUAUUUCAUGUCAUUAAGCUUUGUAGCAGAUUUUGCAUUGGAAGAAAUGGAAUUGGCAUUCUUGAAAAAUUACGAACAAUGAUAGUGUAGGAAAAAAAAAUAUAGCGUAGGUAUGAGGAAAUAAAUUUAAAAAUAAGACAAAGUAUAGAUAUAGUAAAAUUGUUAUUAUAAUGGAGGACUGACUUGGAGGUUUUAAAGAAAGUAAGUUUAAUAAUAUAAAAAGUUGUCAAAAACCUGCUUACAUAAAGAUAAUUUAAAGGAUAACUUUUUAUGUUAUUAACUUAUUAAGCUUAGAAGAGUAUAAUGUUAUUAUUUAUUUUGGAUAAGUUAAAAGCUUAAGGUUGUUUGCCAAAGUAAAAGUAUAGUUUUAAGUUUGUAUAUAAAAUGUACACAAAAUAUCACCGAAAUAAAUUGAUUAAAUGUAGGAAGUUGUAGUGAUAAU